AACCUUCCCCCUUAGCACCCCACGAACACCCCGGCGUACUCCCUGUUUCUCCCCGCAGCCACCGCGGGCUCCCACCGCGGCGGGGCCGUUCCGCUCCUCCCCUGUCAGCUGACGGCGGCGGCGGCGGUCCCGUCAUGGCCGCCCGGAGCAGCGCGGCUGAGGUGCGGGUGCUGCUUCUCCUCUGGUUCGCAGCCCUAGAGGGAGCGGCGAGCUCGGAGCCGUCGCUUAAGUGCGAGGAGCUGCGGAUGGGGCAAUAUAUGUGUGAUGAGCCUAAAAUAGACAAUAGCACACAGGAACCAAUGAAUUGCACAAAUCACACAGCAUAUGUUCAAUGUCUACCAGCACCAAAUAUUACUUGCAAAGAUCACCUUGGCAUAGAAAAAGUCUUUACAGGACAGGAGGUUGGAUUUUACAAGCCUAUUGAGUGUCGCAAUGUAAAUGGAUAUUCCUACAAAGUGGCAGUGGCUCUGUCCUUAUUUCUUGGAUGGUUGGGAGCAGAUAGAUUUUAUCUAGGCUAUCCUGCAUUAGGUUUGUUAAAAUUCUGCACUGUAGGAUUUUGUGGAAUUGGGAGCCUAAUUGAUUUCAUACUUAUUUCAAUGCAGAUCGUUGGACCUUCCGAUGGCUCCAGUUACAUCAUAGAUUACUACGGUGCGAGGCUCACACGGCUCACCAUCACCAAUGCAACCUUCAGGAAAAUGCAGACCUAUCCCUAAUCCUGACAACAAGUGUCACAAAUCCAUAGGUGCUGCUUAUUUCAACAGCUGGAUCCAGUUGUCCACUGGAAUUGCUGAGGACUUAUUAAUUGCACUUCAUCAGAACGGAAUAUUAAAUGUACCUUGAACGAAAAUGAUCAAAUAUGAAAGUUCCUAAAGUGAAUGAGUUUACCUCAGAGGUCUAACUUUGUGGCUGCUCUAUUUCUGGGAGCACAAAGUUUCUUGCUAAGUUAUAUCAUUUGUGAAAUAUGCAGACUUUUGUAAUUUGCACUGAUGUUCUGUGUCUGUAAGUAUAAUUAAGAGUUUUACAGAGAACUGGAAAAAGAGUGGAUAGGCCAGGAUUACACUCAGGAUCUGUUCUCAUAACAGUUUUGAAAGUGGCAGUUUGGAAAUUAACUUAAAUAUCCCAAACCACACAAACUGUCUGUCUUUCUAUCCUGUUAAAAUCCAAAUAUCCCCAAGUCUUGUUCUGGUGUAUCCUGUGAAAUUCUGUUAAUUGAAAUAAUGACUUCUGUAAAGCUUGAAGACAAAGUUUGGUCAAAUAGCAAAAUUUGGUCAGUGCUGAUCAACAGUAAAAAGUAUGGAGGCAUAAAAAAUAGAACCUUAGAUGACACAUAACAGAAAGAGAGGGUGGAUGUUGACAUGGCCUGAGGUUAGAAGAGGAAAUAAUUGUUCUGCUUAUUUUGAUUUUUUUUCUUUCCUCCUUUGCAACCAUCCACAGUGAAAUACAUACCUUCUUUUUCUGAAAAUAAAUUGGUGCAUGUGUUUUUCAGCUACAGUGUCAAAAGAGUGAAUUCUUUGACUAAUAAAGCCCUUAAAAGGUUCUUUUUUUGGAUUCCUUGUGUUUCUGUGAAAUAAUCGUGUCCUUCAAAGUCAUUUGACCAGAGUCUUUAGGACAACUAAGGUUUCCCAUGUUGUUCCUUUAAAGAAAAGUAUAUACACACAGAGACAGAAAACAAAAUCUUCACAUUAUUUGACCAAUUUUAAAUAUUCCCUUUACCUUCUAAGGAAAACUGGCAGCAACUGAGUGAGAAAUCCAUGUGAUAGAAACUGUAGUCUAUAGAUUUUUUAAAAAAUUUGGCCUAUUCUAUUUUUCAGCUGAAACUUUCAAAACAUUAUAAUGUGUCCACAAAGGGUAUCUUUAAGGGAAUUACCAAAAAUGAGAUUCCUAAAUUGAUUUUUUUUUAAAGCACAAUUUGUGGUUUUUAGUCUCCUUUUAACCCACAUUAAACCCAGCGCACAGAAAGCUUUGUCAAGAAAUCCUGUUUUUUUUCCAAAUCAGCGUAACCUGACAUAUCACGUAAUGAGAAUAAACCACAAGGAAUACUUUGUGCUUAACAUUAAUUCCUUCCUUCACACAAGAAAGACGUGGUUUUGGAAUACUUCCUACCAUGCAUUUUACUUGUGGGUUCAAAGAGACAAGAACACUCUGUUACAGCUCCCUUCCCUUGCUUGAUAUUUGUUGCACCUCCCUUUGGUUUCUCUCUCACUGAAUGCUCUUUGUGCACAUCAGUUUUGUUUCCUGAAAUACUUUGAAAGACAGGAAGUGGAUGGAAAAUAGAUGUUUGAAUCAAAUAAAAUCUCCUGGCUAAGAUCA